AUGGAGCCGGUGGAUCUGUGUACCUUGUGUCGAAAGUCUUCCAAGAGAAAAAGUAGUCGGGCGGCGUGUUCCGUGGGUGAUAACGGCGGUACAAGAUGGUCGGAUCGUAUGGAUUUCGUUCAAGGGGAGGCCCAAGUAUGUGGUCUUGUCCUUGUGGGGAGCAAGCUGCAUAGGCGACGUGCGUUGCCUUCGACUCUGACCCGCACUCUGAGUACUGCAGCAGCUGCCGCUACUGCCGCCGCCGCUGCCUUUUCUUCUCCCAAUUGGGCCUCGACCACUCGGGCUACGACGUCACCAAGUACAUCUAUGCAACGUCAUCGCAUGCGGACCUCCUCCCCAGUGGCUAGAACGGCCGCGGCCCGCUGGUGGAUCUGCCGACUUGAUGUGACCAUCGCGUGGCUCAGCGCGGUGGCACCGUCAGAGUGGUAUGACAACAUGCAAAGCCGACUAAAGCCAGUCAGUCGGGGGGACGCCGUGGUCGAACACGACUUUCUCAGGAUCUACUCGUCCAAGAGUCGCGCAUUGAGCAGGCCAUGGUCGACUAAAUUUUAUAACAAGUUUCGAUUUACCCUGCGAGUUCCAGAUCCGCACCAAGCUACCAAGCGAAGUCCCUCCACCCAGCGAUUUCCUCAUCCGCACGCCUAUACACCAUCCACGCGCGCGAGGUACAAUGUUAUUUUGAGACAGUUCGGGGCCUUGGCCUCGUAUAUCUCUAUCACGCGAACGAGGAACCGAUUUGUGGUUACCCAUUUCGUUUUGUAUGCCAAUGGACUUCUCUUUAAUGAGGGAAUUGACGACGGCUAG